CACGGUCCCGCAGUGCCGCGCGUGGUUUAGGGAUAUUUAUCAUUCAUUUCUUCGUGGUGUCUAAUUAUUAUAUUCAACGAUAUCGUCUGAUUAAGAUGGUGAUCAAGGUGUAUGUUGAUCUAGGCUCACAGCCUUGCCGGUCGCUAGUCGUGUUUCUGAAACAUUCAACCAUUCCGCAUGAAAUCGUCGAGAUUGAUCUUGGAAAAGGAGACCAGAAGAAACCAGAGUUUGCCGCCAUUAAUCCAAUGAUGCGAGUACCGGCAAUGAAAGAUGGCGAUUUCUGCCUUUCGGAAGCGAUUGCUAUCUUCCGAUACCUGACGACGAAGUUCCCGAAUGCAUUCCCCGAUCAUUGGUAUCCAGCCGACCUCUGUCGCCGUGCCAAGGUAGACGAAUACCUAUCCUAUCAUCACCAAGGCGUAAGACAACCAAUCGAUACAGUCUUUAUGACAGAGGUUUUGACGCCGAUGUUCACCGGACAACCAGUUUCCCCAGAAAAGGUGAAAGAGGAGGAGAAAGAGAUGAGAAAGGCAUUGACAGACUUUGAGAGGGUUUUUCUGGCUGGUAAACCUUUUAUCAUCGGGGAUGAAGUCAGCUUUGCCGAUAUCAUGUUCGUAAGCGAGAUGAUACAGAAUACCGUGAGUGGACGUCAUGUGACCGAGGGCAAUGACAACCUGAAGGCCUACGUGGAUCGCGUCACAGACAAACUCAAUCCCAUCUUCAACGAAGUCUUUGAUGAAAUCUUCAAAUGGAGGGAACAAUACCUCAGCAACAAGAAAUGAUUUUACAGUGGCAAGCGAAUCGAGUGACGAUUAUGUUCAUAUGAUAAUAAUUUGGACGUCUUUUGUGCCAAAGUUUAUGCAUCGACAUUCACGGGGUUGGUACAAUAUUUUUUUAUUUGAACACGUUUUGAAUACAAUUUAAAACGUUUUUAUAACUAGAUAAGUACAUAUAUUCACAUAUUUUAAGUACACAUAUUCACGUUUUUUGUACUUUAUUGACGACCAUAUGUUUGGAAGUGCAAGCUAGAAGAACAUUGCAAAUUCGUGAUUAAGUAACAAGCAGGAUAGUUCGUGGUGUACAGAUAUUAUAUUGGUCUAAGUAACAUCAAUUUCAAAUACAAACCCCAGGUAUAUUAUACUCUUGAAAGAAAUAUAGGUGUCAAAGUGUACAUAAAUGUUACCCACAAUAUGAGAGAAGUAUAUCUCGCCACAAAAUAAAGACAUGUUUGUGUCGGUGGCACAUUUUUUACAGUUUCAUUCUUUUUGUUGUAUAGUAGAUAUAUGAUAUUUAGUUUGU